AUGCUUUCUAAAUCACCGCACAAGGCCGUCAACCACGGGCUGCGAAAGCCCCACCCCCUCGAGGGCUUCCUCGUCCUCGCCGUCGCGCCGUUCCUCGGCCAUAAAGACAUACAGGCUCUCCGAUGCACUUGCACGACCUCCCGCCGAACCCUCGACACAUACGAGCGAUCCACAGCCCGUGCCAGCAUCGGCAGGACCCCACUCUCCGGUCCCGCACCGAGCCACCACCUCCUCACCUCCGACACCCCCGCCCGCUACGUCGCGCCGCGCGACACGUACGCCGCCCUGCGCGAGCUCGAGGACCGCGAGCGCGAGAUUGCCUUCCUCGUCGACACGUCGCCGUACCUGCGCUCAGCCUUUACGCGCACGGGAAUCAAGCCCGCCUCACGGGGCGAGACGCGCCGCGCGCGCGCCGCGCUGAAGCGGGCGCUCUGGAUCUGCUCGGGCCUCGCGGACCUCGAGACGGCGCAGUGGGCGGGCCCCGACGCCGUGCCCGCGUUCCGCCGCCACGGCGCGCCGCGCCCCGCCGUCUUCAGGGACCAGGCGUCCUUCCUGCGCGACUUUGCCGACAGGAGGGCGGCGACGACGGCGCUGGCGGCGCUGCGCGAGGCGCAGCUCGCUGCCGUCCGGGCGCUGCCUGCGCGGGACCUCGCGUCGCUGAUUGUGCUCGGCGACCUGGCGACGAGGGGGUUCGAGGACCAGCUGGGUACGCGGCGCAUGGCCGAAUACCCGCGACACGUCGUCAACGAGUGGAACGUCGCUGUUGCUGAGAAUGUGUUCCGGCACGGCGUGCACUUCCUGCGCGGUCAGGCGCGGCGCGGAACGGCCAGGUCCAGCUCGAACAAGGCGGGAGGAGGGUCAGCAGGAGGGAUGGAGGCGUGCGCUGCGGCGGCGGUCUGCGACGUGCAUUCCGGGAACAAGUGGACUGUGAUCCGAGUGAGGCUGUAG